CUUCCCGGAUCCGCCCCUCCUCUUCCUCCCCCGUGACGGGUGCGGCGGGGCUUAGGGCCUCAAGAUGGCGGCGGCCGUCGGUCGCGGUGCCGGGGCGGGCCGCAGGCGAGUCUAGAGCUGUCCCCGCCGCCAUGCCCAAGUACUACGAGGAUAAGGAGGAGGACGGGCAGGCCUGCGGGGGGGUGAGGGAGGAUCUGCGGCAGUGCCUGCUGGAGAGCCCCUGCGUCCUGCGGGAAAACAAAAGCCCUAAACAAUGUUUGAGGGAAGGACACUGUAGGAGUUUGCAAAUGACGUUUUUUGCAUGCAAAAGAUCAAUGUUGGAUACCAGGGCAAGAUUCAGAGGAAGGAAGGGAUACUGAAGUUCUCAUGAAGAGACCCAGCCACGGGAAAUCAGACUUCAUCAGCAUUUUAAGCAAAACAGAGACUAAGUAAGAUGAUUGUAUCUGCUGCAUAUUUACUGCAGUAUUUUUGUGGAAGGUGUCUGCUCCUUAGUAUUGCAAUAGACUGACUUGGAUGUGCAUUUCAAUGUUUAAAAAUGCAAGCAUAAAACUGCAAGUUCUGACCGAAAUGCAGUAAAAUAUGUAAAAUCCAGAAUAAACUGCAGAGGUUAUCAUCAUAUUUGGAAGUGAA